CAGCUUGAGGCACACUCUUCAAUAAGAGAAAUGAAGGUGUCUCUGCGUUCCCAAGAGUCCAAAUGAGUGUUUACCAUGCCUCUAGGAACAUCCUUCCUUCCUGUUCUUUGUUUCUUGGGAGCAGCAAUUCCAAGGGGACUGCAAUAUGUCACGUUCUCACGCAACACUACAAAAUUCCUCCACUUGUCUAUGGACUCGGACUCUGGGACUAUUUAUUUGGGGGCCACCAACUUUCUUUUCCAGUUGACCUCCGACCUGCUGAUGAAGAAUGUGGUUCAGACGGGGCCAGUUCUGGACAGUAAAGAUUGCCUCCCUCCGGUCUCCAAGCUGGAGUGUCCUCAAGCACACUACACCGACAAUCACAACAAGCUGCUGCUGGUGAACGCGGCGCAGGAGGAGCUCAUCGUGUGCGGCAGCGUGCACCAGGGCAUCUGCGAGAAGAGGAGCCUCGCCUCCAUUGACCACGUUCUCUUCCGGCCAGAAAGCCCUGGUGACACUCAGUAUGUGGCUGCCAACGACCCCAAUAUCACCACCGUGGGCCUCGUAGCCUACUCCAAGGACGAGGUCCCUUUGCUGUUUGUGGGACGAGGGUACACCAGCCGAGGAGUUGGAGGAGGGAUCCCUCCCAUCACCACACGAAAUCUGCGGGCCCUGGGAGGGGAUAUUCAAGCGACCGACUCGCACUCCAUCUUCUCCUACGAAGAAACAGCAAAGCUGGCCGUGGGCCGGCUCUCGGAGUACAACCACCACUUCAUUAAAUCCUUCACUUACCGCUCGAGCGUCUAUUUCCUGUUCUACCGGCGGGACCUCAAGUCCCAGUCGCGCGAGUACAAGACUUACAUCUCGCGCAUCUGCCUCGACGACUCGCAUUAUUACUCCUACGUGGAGCUGCCUCUGCUCUGCCAGAGCAAAGCCAACACGUACAGCCUCCUGCAGGCAGCCUAUGUCACCCGGCCGGGGAAAGACCUGGCCCGAGGGCAGUUUGGCACCGAGGGAGAGGUGCUGUUCGCUGCCUUCUCUGCCUGGCAGGCUUCUUCUGGCAAGCUGAGCGAGGAGUCUGCGCUCUGCGUCUACGCCAUGGAGGAGGUGGAUCGCCUGACCAACUGGACUAGGGAUGUUUGCUACAUGAGGGAUGGGAGGUCGGAAGAAGGGACGGAGGUGGCUUAUAUUGAAUACGAUGUCAGUUCCAACUGUGUCCAGCUGCCCGCGGACACCCUGUACGCCUACCCCUGCGGCUCUGACCACACUCCCAGCCCCAUGGCCAGCCGGAUACCUUUGGAAGCAGCUCCCCUCCUGGAGAAGACAGAAGCCCGUCUGACCGCUGUGGCAGUGAAUGUGGAAGAUGGCCACACUAUUGCUUUUCUGGGAGACAGCAAAGGGAGACUGCACAAGGCGUACUUGGGAGCGAUGGGGGACACCAGGAUAUACUCUUCCUUAGCUAUCCAGGUAAACAGCAUGGUGAGUGGAGACCUGCUGUUCGACCAGUUGCAGAAGCACCUCUUCGUCAUGACCCAGUCAAUGGUGGUGAAGGUUCCCAUAUUGGAGUGUUCCCUGUACUCGGACUGUGAAUCCUGUCUGAAACUGAAAGAUCCUUACUGUGGCUGGUGUGUCCUUCAGGGACGGUGCAGCCGUCGCUCCGAAUGCCUGCGAUCCAGAUGGAGCGAGCAGUGGCUCUGGAGCUUUAACUCUACACAGCAGUGCCUGUCCAUCCAAUCGCUAACUCCAGCCAAUAUCAGCAGAGAGGAAAAGAGAAAUAUCUUCCUGGCUAUCUCGGAUUUACCAUCUCUGCACGAGGAAGAAUUUUAUUCCUGCUAUUUUGAAGAUUAUGAAAGCCCAGCAGUUCUGACAGAGUCGGGAAUCAUGUGCCCCUCACCAGAUCCCAGCCAAGCACCAGCUUUGCCAACCGGAGCAGAUCAUGUCACCAUAAAGCUUGUAGUGCGUUUCCAUGACAUCUUCAUUGCCUCUGUGGACUUCUCUUUCUAUGACUGUGCUGCUGUUGCCCUGCUAUGGAAAUCAGCACCGUGCCAGAAGUGUGUGAGCAGUCCCUGGAGAUGUAACUGGUGCAUCCAGCAGCACCUCUGCACGCACAAAGCGGCCUGUGAGGAAGGAACUAUUAUUUACAACGAAGGGGCACAGCUUCCAACCUCAAGCCUGUUUCUGUCUUCAGCAGCUCCCCCCAGCAAGUCCUUUACCGUAGCACCGACAGCAGCCACCAAACCUGUCACUCCCACCGUGCCUGCGGCGCAGAGCUCCGUGCCCCCCACGGAGCCUGUCCCUGUCACAGCCUCCGCGGUCUCGGAUACGACGCCUGAGCCCGUGGGUUCCCUCAGCUACACGUACCCGACUCUCUCAUCUGAAGCUGCCUCUCUGCAGGCCUCCACAGAAUCCCCCCUGCCGCCACCAGCGGACAACCCCGCUGUCACAGAGCUGGACACAACCUCCUCUGCUGCAUCCGUGUUCCCCAGCCCAGCGCAGCCUGUGGGUGACACAGAGCUGCCCACCUCCGAGGCCGGAGCCACUGCCCGGGAGCCAUGGCCCACAAACCCACCCACCACCAUGGUGCCUAGUCCUCUAUACACAUCUGUGGCAGGAGAAGCAUCGUCUCCUCAUGUCAACAGUUUCACUUGGCCUCCCAGUUCUGUUCCCUCUACUGAGGCUUUGACAUCUGCCAUGCCGUCUCCCCAAACCCACAGCCAUAAACCGGAGGUGCCUGUUGCCUCUGAUGACUCUUCCAGAGAGCUGGGAACUAAACUACUCACUUCAGACCUCCCACCAUCAACUCCCCCAGACUGGCUGCUAGGGGAGGGCACGGAGCUCCAGGACACAGAGGACUGGAUGGAUUUGCUGCAGGCUGAGAAUGAAACAUCUCCCUUCUCUGCUUCUACACUGCUCUCGGGCGAUGGGGAUUCUUCAGAAAGGGACACCCCUGACUUUCCCAGGAUCGUCCAUCCUGACCUUGACUAUCAGUAUGAUGCCCCUGGGUUCUGGGAAGAGAAUGAAGAGCUUAGCUGGGGUCCUGACGCGUGCCCCUGUGUGCAAGGGAUCCAGGGAUCUUCACUGUUUCCAAUCAAUGUGGCAAGGAAGAUAACUCUUCUGGGAAAGAACUUCCACCUCUAUCAGGACCAGCAGUGGGACUAUGAGUGUGUCCUGAACUUGGAGGGGAGGACAGUGGUGAUGGAGGCUUAUGUGGAAGGGGAAGAAACAAACCAGUCCCUGUGUUAUAUCACCUGUCAGCUGCACCAGUACAGUUACACGGCACCUCAACUCGAGUUCAACGCUGUGGUGUUUGUGCAGAGGCGGCGGCACCUUCGAGUGGACAGUGCUGCAGAUCUUCACGUGACUUUCUACAACUGCUCUGUGGGCCACACGGAUUGCAGCCGCUGCCAGACAGCUGACUCGAAGUACAACUGUGUGUGGUGUGGAGGAGAAAACCCCAGCUGUAUCUUCAGGGGUUCCUGCAAGGAAGAGGUAGAGGACCUGUGUCCAGCACCUCUCAUUCACUCUGUGUACCCCCUGUCUGGACCAGUGGAAGGUGGCACUAGAAUCACCAUCACUGGCUCAAACCUCGGGCAGAAACAUCAAGACAUUGCAGAAACUGUCACUGUUGCAGGAAUCCCCUGUGCCGUAGAUGCUCAAGAGUAUGAGAUCUCUAGCAGCAUCGUGUGUGUCGCUGGCGGGAGCUGGACCGAGCGAUUUGGGCACGUUGUGGUGGAAGUGCCUGGAGGAGGACGUGGAGUUUCUGGACAUAUUUUCACCUACCAGAACCCAGAGCUGAAAUCCAUAGUUCCAACUCAGGGCCCUAAAGCGGGAGGAACCUGCCUUACUCUCCUGGGUUCAAAGCUGCUCACCGGGCACCCCAGCGAGAUCAGCAUCCUUCUUGGAGACCUGCCCUGCCACAUCCUUUCAGAAAUGAGAGAGGAUCAGUUGGCGUGUCAGACGAGUCCCAGCAAUGUGUCUGCAGAACUCCCCGUCACCAUCAAAUACGGGGAUCAGGAGCGGAGACUGGAAGGAUCCCUCUUCAGAUAUACCCUGGAUCCCAACAUCACUUUUGCAGAGCCACCUAAAAGCUUCCUCAGCGGAGGGAGAGUGCUCAGAGUUCAUGGAUACAACCUGGAUGUUGUACAGAAACCGAAGAUUCGCGUUACGGUUUCUCCAUCUGAACGCCGGCGCCGGGGACUGGGACGGUGGCGCCGAAUUAUCCCAGACACCGAGUGCCCCGAGGGUGCUCUGUGCAGCAUCCAGCAGUUUGAAGAACCGUGUCUCAUUAACUCCUCCUACCUUAUCCUGUGCAAAACGCCAGCCAUUAACCUGCUCCUGCAGAGUGUUCACAUCAAACUGGAAUUUAUUCUGGAUAAUCUGAGCUUUGAUUUCAACUCGCUCCAUCCCAUGCCCUUCUCUUAUGAAGUCAACCCCAUCCUAAAACCCUUGAAUUCUGAAGAUCCUGCCAAACCGUAUCGCCACAAGCCUGGAAGCGUCAUCUCUGUGGAGGGGGAAAAUCUAGAUCUGGCCAUUUCCAAGGAUGAAGUUAUGGCCAUGAUUGGGGAAGGAAUCUGUGUGGUGAAGACACUGACAAGGAAUCACCUGUACUGCGAACCCCCCUCGGAGCAGCCGGCUCCGCGGCACCGCACGAAGCGGGAGGGCACCGACCUGCUCCCGGAAUUCACGGUACAGAUGGGGAACUUGAACUUCCUCCUGGGCAGAGUGCAGUAUGACACAGAGAGCCAGCUCACCUUCCCGCUGGAGGCACAGAUUGGCUUGGGUGUUGGUGCAUCAUUCGUGGCACUGAUUGUUCUGGUCAUUGUCUUCAUCUACAGGAGGAAGAGUAAACAGGCUCUACGGGAUUACAAGAAAGUUCAAAUACAGCUGGAAAAUUUAGAAACAAGUGUUCGAGACAGAUGCAAAAAGGAGUUCACAGACCUGAUGACUGAAAUGAUGGACCUCACAAGCGACCUUGUGGGCACAGGAAUCCCCUUCCUGGAUUACAAGUCCUAUGCAGAGCGCAUUUUCUUCCCGGGCCACCGUGAAUCACCACUGCAGAGAGACCUGGACAUCCCCGAGUGCCGAAGGCAAACUGUGGAGCAGGGCUUGGUCCAGCUCUCCAAUCUGCUCAACAGCAAACUCUUCCUCACCAAGUUCAUACAUACUCUGGAAAUCCAGCGCACUUUCUCUCCAAGAGACCGGGCCUAUGUAGCCUCGCUGCUCACUGUGUCGCUCCAUGGAAAGCUGGAGUACUUCACUGACAUCCUCAAAACGCUCCUGAAUGACCUUGUUGAGCAGUAUGUGGCCAAAAACCCCAAGCUGAUGCUGCGGAGGACAGAAACAGUAGUGGAGAAACUGUUAACCAACUGGAUGUCCAUCUGCCUGUAUGCUUUCGUCAGGGACUCUGUUGGGGAGCCCCUUUACAUGCUGUUUCGAGGAAUCAAGCACCAAGUGGACAAGGGGCCUGUUGACUGGGUGACAGGAAAAGCCAAAUACACCCUGAAUGACAACCGCCUCCUGAGAGAGGACCUGGAAUACCGGACCCUGACCUUAAAUGCUUUGACACAAGCAGGAGUUGCUGCGGGAGGGGCAGAGGACUCGCAAGGGGUUUCUGCGAAAGUGCUGGACUGUGACACCAUAACACAGGUGAAGGAGAAGAUCCUAGAUCAGAUCUACAAAGGGACACCGUACUGUCACCGGCCAGACCCAGACACCCUGGACCUCGAGUGGAGAUCAGGGCUGGCCGGUCACCUGAUACUGUCUGAUGAGGACGUGACAUCCGUCGUCCAAGGAACCUGGAAGCGCCUGAACACUCUUCAGCACUACAAGGUGCCCGAUGGAGCAACUGUAGCACUGGUCCCACGCCUGACCAAGCAUAUCCAUAGGGAAAAUCAGGACUACAUCCCAGGAGAAAAAACGCCAAUGUUGGAGGAUGCCGAUGAAGGUGGAAUAAAACUUUGGCACCUGGUAAAACCAACAGAAGAGCCGGAGCUCCCCAAGCACCGCCGAGGGAGCUUGCGAGACAGGGAACGAGCCAAGGCAAUCCCGGAGAUCUACCUGACACGUCUGCUCUCCAUGAAGAUCCAGCACCACAGUACCCACCUCUUGCUCCUGCUAAUGGACCUACCCCUGCGCUUCUGGAUCAACAUCAUUAAGAACCCUCAGUUUGUCUUUGACGUGCAGACGUCGGAUAAUGUCGAUGCUGUGCUCCUGGUCAUUGCACAGACCUUCAUGGACUCCUGUACAAUUGCUGACCAUAAGCUGGGGAGGGACUCUCCAAUCAAUAAGCUGCUUUAUGCCCGGGACAUUCCUCGCUACAAGCAGAUGGUGGAAAGGUAUUAUGCAGACAUUCGUCAAACCAUCUCUGCCAGUGACCAGGAGAUGAACUCUGCCCUGGCUGAGCUGUCACGGAAUUACUCAGGUGACCUCAAUUCCCUGGUGGCUCUACAUGAAUUGUACAAAUACAUCAAUAAGUACUAUGACCAGAUCAUUACUGCCUUGGAAGAAGACCCAACGGCGCAGAAGAUGCAGCUCGGAUAUAGACUGCAACAGAUUGCAGCAGCUGUGGAGAAUAAAGUCACCGAUUUGUGACACACAGACAGACUGAUGCUCUCACCUGGCUCGAUAGGGACAGUGCUCGUCCUAGCUAUGCACAAGGUGUCCUGCUGCCAUUGGAACCAGGCUCUCCGAGGAACCGGCGGGUGACAUGAACAGGGACAGCCAAGGCAGUACCAAGUACAAGCGUCCUUGCAUCUCAGAGAAUAUUUUUUUUACAGUUUUCUCUUUUUAAAAGCAAAACAAAACAAAAAA